GGAUACACAGUGCACGAGUUCCGCCAUGACGUCACUCGUAAACAUGGCGGAAGCGGAUUUACUUUGUUAGGACGCCUCUAGGUUUUAGGACUGUGAUUUUCUCUCUCUCAGUGCUGCGAUGGCGGAAAAGCAGUGGUUAAAAGCCUCUGUGGGUGCUGUGCUAGGACUGUUAGCGUUCGGACUGAUGACCUAUCAGUAUUUGUGCCCGGGGAACUCUUGUGUGACACGGGCGGACCGCUACGUAAGCUACGGAGGCGACCGGCCCGACUACGCGGGGGCUGUGGACCGCUUGCUUCAAGGACCCCGACGAAAAAAGUACACCUUCCGUCCGUCGACUCUCGACAGGGACGUCGACUUUAACAUCUCAGGAAACGAUGUCAUCGUCUUCCUGCACAUGCAGAAGACGGGAGGGACGACGUUCGGCCGGCAUUUGGUGAAGAACGUGGACUUGGAGAGACCGUGCCAGUGCCGGCGGGGGCAGAAGAGGUGCCAGUGCUACCGGCCAGGCACCGACCGGGACAUCUGGCUGUUCUCCCGCUUCUCUACCGGCUGGUCCUGCGGUCUGCACGCCGACUGGACCGAGCUGAAGGACUGUGUGCCCGACAUGAUGGACAAGAAGGAGAAAAUGGCCAAGAAACGAAGUAAUGCUAAAUCCAGGUAUUUCUACAUCACGAUGCUGCGGGAACCUGUGGCCAGAUACCUGAGCGAAUGGCGCCACGUACAGCGGGGAGCCACGUGGAAAACUUCUCGACACAUGUGCGACGGAAGAAUGCCAACAGAAAAGGAGCUGCCAUCUUGUUUCGACGACAACUGGGUGGGUGUUGGCUUGGACGAGUUCACAGAUUGUCCGUGGAACCUCGCAAACAAUCGCCAGACCCGCAUGCUGGCAGACUUGAGCCUUGUCGGCUGCUACAACACAUCCCGCGUAAGUCAGGAGCAGAGAAACCGCAUUCUUCUGGGAAGUGCGAAGACCAAUCUGCGGCGGAUGGCGUUCUUUGGCCUCACAGAAUUCCAGAAGAAAAGCCAGUACAUGUUUGAAAGGACAUUUAAUUUGAAAUUUAUAGACUCUUUCAACCAACAGAAUGGCACAACAGCAGGAAGAACACCCAUCUCAGAGGACCAAAAAAGGAGAGUAGAAGAACUUAACGCCCUUGACAUUGAACUUUACGACUAUGCCAAAGACUUAUUUUUACAGAGACUAGAGCGGCUAAAGCAGCACGACCCAGACUACUAUGAUUAUGUAGAUGAGGAGGUAGCCAACUGGUGAAACUCUUUCAAGACGAUUUGCAUACUUUUAACCAUCAGUAAAUCUUGAAUGCAUUGCCACAAUUGCCACAUGAAGAAUGGGACAAUGUAACAAUACCAUGUUUACCUGACCCUUACUCAAGAUAAUGAUAAACUUUGGACCAUUGAAUGAAGUAUGUUCAGAAGCAGUGUCUGAAUAUGUUACAAUAGACGUGUAACAACAAUACAGUCCAUUGGUGCUUCAUGAAGUUUGAUGGUACACAUAACCUUUUGUCUGCUGCCAACAGUGAAUGCAAGCUUGAUUUCAUGUAUGACAUCUCAAAUCAAAAUUGAUUUUUGCUUACCCCUCUCUAAAAGUUGGCUUCUUUCUCAAUAUGAUGAUCCACAGCAAAAUUGCGACAAGUUACUAAAAUUCCACCAUAAAAUGUCAUACUUAUUUUUUACUCUUUGUCCUCUGAAGCUGUAAAUGUUUUGACCAUCAUCAAACUAAAACAAUGAGAACUCUCUAUACCCUUAAUUCUGUCACUCGUGAAAUGAAGAUUGCACAACACCUAUCCAGACUUAAACUUUAAAUAAAAUCUUGGCAGCUGAGCAGUCAUCAGAUCACUGUGACACUUGUA